AUGGGUAUGGCCACACGUGUCCCCUUUCUCUGCUCUUCCACUUCCCCCAACCACUGCCAUAAAUAUUGCGGGGUUGCACCGUCACUUUCUCUACCCGUUUCCUCUUCCUCAUUAAGGCUUCGCUCUCUCUCUCUUUCUUCUUCUUCGUUCGCUUUGUUUUCUCUUGCCAAGAGGAGGAACCAGGAGGGUGUGAAGAGGGUGGCAAGAGGGUUCGGUGUUGUGGCCAUGGCGGAGACUGCGAAGAGUACUGUGCUUGUUACUGGAGCUGGUGGUCGCACAGGACAAAUAGUUUACAAAAAAUUGAAAGAGAGGCCAAACCAGUAUGUGGCUAGAGGUCUGGUUAGAACAGAAGAAAGCAAACAGACCAUUGGUGCUGCAGAUGACGUUUUUGUUGGGGAUAUAAGGGAUGCUGGAAGUAUUGUUCCUGCAAUUCAAGGUAUACAUGCUCUCAUAAUCCUCACAAGUGCAGUGCCACAGAUAAAACCUGGUUUUGAUCCAACCAAAGGACAAAGACCAGAAUUCUAUUUUGAGGAUGAUGCAUAUCCUGAACAGAUUGAUUGGAUUGGGCAGAAAAAUCAAAUUGACGCUGCUAAGGCUGCUGGGGUGAAACAUAUUGUGUUGGUAGGGUCUAUGGGUGGAACGGACCUUAACAAUCCUUUGAAUAGCUUGGGAAAUGGAAAUAUAUUGGUCUGGAAAAGGAAGGCUGAGCAAUAUCUGGCUGAUUCUGGAGUUCCAUAUACAAUUAUAAGGGCUGGUGGCUUGCAAGACAAAGAGGGAGGGCUACGGGAACUACUUGUAGGGAGGGAUGACGAACUUCUCAAGACUGAAACCAGAACCAUAAGUAGAGCUGAUGUUGCUGAAGUCUGCAUUCAGGCACUAAAUUAUGAGGAGGCCAAAUUUAAGGCAUUUGACUUGGCAUCAAAACCUGAGGGAGCAGGUUCACCAACAAAGGACUUUAAGGCUUUAUUUUCCCAGAUCACUACUCGUUUUUAA